UAAGAGUUCAAUUGUGGAAAUGGGAACUCUUGGGCAGGGGGGACAUUGGCCCCUUUUGGUUUUUGCUUGUGCAAUUCUCUUCAUCGCAAACAAUGUGGUGGCAUAUGCUCCUUACAUUUAUAGCUCACCACCACCACCACACUACCAAAAGAAGGUUUCCAAACCCCAACCUUACAAGUACAAGUCUCCUCCAACACCUAAGUAUACGCCUUAUGUGUACAAGUCUCCACCGCCACCUAAGAAAGUGGAGCAUCCACCGUACAAUUACAAGUCACCAUCUCCACCGAAGCAUGUGAGUCAUCCGGCUUAUUACUAUAAGUCGCCCCCACCACCAAAAUAUACACCUUACAAGUCUAAUUCUCCACCACCACCGAAACAUGUGGAGAAACCAUCAUACUUCUACAAGUCGCCUCCACCGCCAAAGAGUGAGAGUCAUCCAAAAUACUAUUACAAAUCUCCACCACCACCACAAAAGCAUACACCAUAUGUCUACAAGUCCCCUCCGCCAAAACACAUUGAACAUCCACCAUACCAUUACAAAUCUCCACCCCCACCAUCCCCUUCACCACCACCUCCAUACGUCUACAAGUCCCCACCUCCACCAUCCCCUUCACCACCACCUCCAUACAUUUACAAUUCUCCUCCUCCACCAAAGAAAAUUGAACAUCCACCACGCCAUUACAAAUCUCCACCCCCACCGUCUCCUUCUCUGCCACCUCCACCAUCCCCUUCACCACCACCUCCAUACGUCUACAAGUCCCCACCUCCACCAUCCCCUUCACCACCACCUCCAUACAUCUACAAAUCCCCACCCCCACCAUCUCCUUCACCACCUCCUCCUUACAUGUACAAAUCGCCUCCACCACCAACCAAGAAAGUUCUACCAUGGCACCCAAAGUACAUCUAUAAAUCACCCCCACCUCCAGGACACUACUAAGCUGACGUCAAAUUCAUGCAGUUGUUACAAGAAUAAUUUCUUUUUUCCUUUUUGAUGCUAUGUAUGAUUGUUAUUGGCAUUGCUUUUUUGAAUAAGAAGAGUUUAAAUUGCAAAUUCAUUUGUAAGAAGCACUCUAAUUGUAUCUAAAAUUUUUUAA